CUAACUGUUGUGUCGGAUGUGUACUUCCUGCUCGGUCCGCUUGAGGCGCACUUCGGCCCGAUCAGCCUUUUCCCGCUGUUCGAUUAUUUCCGGGUUCACAGAAAACAAACCGGCCGUUUGGCUAAAGAGGUUCGCUGUAGAGUAGAUAAACGGCUCAGACUGCAGCGAUGAGCUACAGAAACUCUGUGGUUUGAAGUGUCUUCUGAGCCUGCUGCCCAAACAUAUAUCCAUUGCCACCCAGAGAACCACGAUGGAGCCACGCACCCCUGGUAUGUCCACCGUCCCUCAGACGGCUCCAGCCCACACCGACUCCAGCUCCCCUGCUGUAGAGAUGGACCCGGUGGAGUACACCCUGAGGAAGCGCCUCCCUCGGAAACUCCCAAAGAGACGUAACGACGUCUAUGUUAACAUGAAGACUGAUUUCCGGGCUCAGUUGGCACGCUGUCAGAAGCUUCUGGAAGGUGGGGGUCACAGGGAGAUCUGUGUCCACGGCUUGGGCCUGGCCAUCAACAGAGCUAUUAAUAUUGCCCUGCAGCUGCAAGCCAGUAGCCAGGGGGCGCUGCAGCUGGCAGCCAACACCUCCACAGUGGAGCUGGUGGAUGACCUGGAGCCUGAAGAUCCUGAUGAGGCUGGGGAGCCCAUGACACGUACACGUAACAACUCUGCCAUUCAUAUUAAGGUUUUCUAUCCAGACCCUCAGUGACAAACUGGUGUGAACGGUGUAACAGGCAGAGAUGCUCGUUUAGUCAACAUAUCCUGUUUGUUCCCUCACUGACCAGUCGAGCACAAAACAUUUUUAAUGGGCAUGUUUGUGUUUGUGUGGAGGCCUAUGAUGGCAGCAGCAGAGGACUGCAGGAGUGAGCAGACAGGGAUGCAGUGUGUCUUCUGUGCAAACCAUACUAGAAGUCUCCCAAAUGGAGAGCUUUAGUCGACUAACAUUUGUCACAUGUAUUGUGUUUUUUUUAAUUUUGCAUGACUUGUACCAACAGUGUUGUUCACCAGUUGAAGCUUUAGUGUAAUAUAAUACAUGUAGACAUGGCUGUGCCAAAUGUGUACCUACAGAUUAAUUUAAUUUGAAAGCCCUCGAGUCUGCAAGUGUUUCCAGCUUUGUGUUCAAGUUUUAAACGUACAAACAAGGAAAAAAGCUGAGAAAUCCUGUUUGCAGUCCAAAUAGGUGUUGUUAAUGUAAAUGUCCACUAGAUGUCAGUAGGCAGCCACAGUAAGCAUGUCGGGAUGUUUCCCUGAGCAGCUGAACUCAUGGCACCAUGUCACAAUAAGGUCUUCUCACAUUGCUUGACAGCAGAGGGUUCAGCUAAAGGUCAGACGGGCCUGAAGUCUUCUUGACUGUGUUUUCAUGUCAUUGAACUGCUGCUCGUGCUUAUUUUGUUUAAGAUGGAUGUAAUGGGAGACGAUGUAUUUAAUUUCUGGUCAAAAAUAAAUCCUCAUGGAAAGUA